AUGGAAGAGUUGAAGAUGCCGGGAAUUGUUAUAAACGGGGUUUAUGAUGAAGGGGAAGGUAAUGAGAUGAAUGCGAACCGUGAUUCCCCUUCUAAGGAAACGUUGAAUCUGGUUAAGUCCCCCAGGGGUUCCUCGAGUCCGCGAAGAGGUGAAGGGGAUGCUACCAAUUUUGGGGGUGAUAAGGUGAUUGAGCCUUCCAUUGAACAGCUUUAUGAGAAUGUGUGUGACAUGCAGAGUUCGGAUCAGUCGCCUUCAAGGCAAAGUUUUGGAUCUGAUGGGGAUGAGUCUAGAAUUGAUUCGGAGUUGCGCCACCUAGUUGGGGGACGGAUGAGGGAGGUAGAGAUAAUGGAAGAGGAAGUUGGGGAGGGGAAAGGGCGAGAAGGGAGUUCAAGUAGUGAAAUAUCUUCUGGAUUGGGUGGCUUGUCCAAUGAUAAAAUGUUGGAUCAUGUGACUGAGAUUCAGGAGGUUCAGCCUGCAGCUACUAGUUCUGGUUCCACAGAAAAAUCUGUUAAAGCAUCUAGUUCAGGGGUGGGACUUGAUGCUUCCCCCAAAUCAACGGCCAAGGGAAAAAGUCCUCUCCCAAAACCUCCUGUGGAAAGAAAGAAUGGUAGGCCUUUGAGAAAACAUAGUGGUGUUGCUGGCGUGAAGAAUUUGAAGAAUUCUCCCUUGGGAAAUAAGUCAGUGUCACGAAACCGUGUUGAGAAAACGGCUGAUUCAGCAUUAGAGAGUCGUGAGAGGGCACCACUAUUACUAAAACAAGCGAGAGAUAUGAUUUCAUCAGGGGAUAAUCCGCAUAAGGCUCUUGACUUAGCUCUUCAAGCAAUAGAACUGUUUGAGAAGUUAGAUGAUGGGAGUUUGGAGCUGGUUAUGUGUUUACAUGUUACAGCAGCAAUAUAUUGCAGCUUGGGUCAAUAUGGUGAGGCAAUUCCAAUUCUGGAGCGCUCAAUUGAGAUUCCUGUUGUUGGGGAAAGUCAACAACAUGCCCUCGCUCAAUUUGCUGGUCACAUGCAACUGGGAGACACCUAUGCUAUGCUGGGCCAGCUUGAGAACUCAAUUACGUGCUACACCACUGGGUUAGAAGUCCAGAAGCUGGUUUUGGGAGAGACAGAUCCUAGGGUUGGUGAAACUUGUCGAUAUGUGGCUGAAGCCAAUGUUCAAGCAUUGCAAUUUGAUGAAGCAGAGAGGCUUUGUCAAAUGGCUCUUGAUAUUCAUAAAGCAAAUAAUUCAGCUCCAUCUCUUGAAGAGGCAGCAGAUAGGAGGCUCAUGGGCCUUGUAUGUGAGACAAAAGGAAAUCACGAAGCUGCUCUUGAGCAUCUUGUUCUAGCCAGCAUGGCAAUGGUAGCUAACGGCCAGGAAGGGGAUGUGGCUUCUGUUGACUGCAGCAUUGGAGACACAUACUUAUCAUUGUCUCGAUAUGAUGAAGCUAUCUUUGCAUAUCAGAAAGCGUUAACAGCUUUCAAGACCAACAAAGGAGAGAAUCAUCCAGCAGUGGGAUUAGUUUUUGUACGUUUGGCUGACUUGUAUAACAGGAUAGGGAAAAUAAGGGAAUCAAAAUCAUAUUGUGAGAGUGCACUUAAAAUAUACGAGAAUCCAAUUCCUGGAGUUCCUCCAGAGGAGAUUGCUAGUGGAUUUACAAAUAUUUCAACUAUCUAUGAGUCUAUGAAUGAGCUUGAACCGGCGCUCAAAUUACUGCAGAAAGCAUUGGAGUUAUACAAUGAUGUCCCUGGUCAGCAAAGCACAAUAGCAGGAAUUGAAGCUCAGAUGGGAGUCAUGUACUACAUGUUGGGGAACUAUUCUGAAUCUUACGAGACUUUGAAGAAUGCUAUUUCAAAGCUUCGUGCUGUUGGAGAAAAGAAAUCAUCCUUCUUUGGUAUUGCUCUUAAUCAAAUGGGACUUGCUUGUGUGCAGCGGUAUUCCUUAAGUGAGGCUACAGAAUUAUUUGAAGAAGCGAAGUGUAUUUUGGAACAAGAGUAUGGUCCGUAUCACCCCGAAACACUUGGGGUAUGCAGUAAUCUUGCUGGCACAUACGACGCAAUUGGCAGGCUGGAUGAUGCAAUUCAAAUUCUGGAGUAUGUUGUUAGCACGAGGGAGGAAAAGCUUGGGACGGCAAAUCCUGACGUGGAUGAGGAGAAGAGAAGGUUGGGUGAGUUGUUGAAAGAAGCAGGUAGAGUUCGGAGCAGAAAAACCAGGUCACUUGAGAACCUUCUUGAUGGCAAUGCUCACACUGUAAACAACGUUGUCAUCAGGGCCUGA